GCUGUUUAGGGUGUUGUGUAUCACCACGCAUCGUUUUAUAAUAAUAAUAAUAAUAAUAAUAAUAAUAAUAAUAAUAGCUGCUGCAAAACGUACACACUCAGUAACAGACACGCCCACGCUAACAAGACUCCGCGUUUUCAAUUGGCCGAUCCCCAGGAAGCAAGCGAGCUGACUUCAGAGGGUGUGUGUUCGUUGAAGGGGGCAAGACCAAUCUUAUUUUUGUAACGUUCUCUGCUAAUGAAAUGGACUGAAACUUUAUCUAUGCAAAAGUAACCUGUUGUGAGUCUGGAACAGAAGAACAUGCUUUACAGACAUUCUGCCACUUCCUGACUAAAGUCAAGCACCUGAAGAUAGUUCUGAAAGAGUCAGAGGUGAUCAAUCGCGGCAUCGCGAUUAAGGUUAUAAAACAUGCGACCGAUGCAAACAGCAGGCUGAGAAACCUCUGUGUCAGUUGCACAGGAGAGAACCCUUUGAGCUACUCCGGACAAGAUGUCCUGCAGACCUUUAGAAAUGUCUGCCAGAACGAAGUGAGUGGCCUGUCUCUAAAGGAGGUUGACUUCCGCCACAUGUCUUUCACUCUAGAUGAUUCUCUUAUUAUGCUGAUCGCCACCAGAAGCCCACAUUUACAGAAACUGUAUAUCAAUAACCAUACCCUGGUCAACGUAACUGCAGAAACAGUUAAGCAGGUAUUGACAGUAUGCCCAGAGUUAUCUACUCUCGGGGUGUUCUAUGCAAGUUUGUCGGAAAAAGUGCUCAGUGAACUGCUGAAGCCAGAGAGACCCCCUUUCCAAUUGCUUGAGCUCUUCUGCGAGCGGCUGGUCAGGUACAUCCCUGCUAUUUCCAGACAGUUUUGGGUGGUGCUGUGCAAAAGGCACCCUUCGCUAUCUGUUAACAUGAUACUAGAUCACACUUUCCCCGCUAAGAAGAUCACAUGGAUUUUACAGCCCGGAAUCCCCAUGAAGAGCUUGGACCUAAUCACAUACAUGUACCUGGUGAAAGAAGUCAAUUUUGUAGCAAAAAACUACCAUGCUUCAUUGGAAAGGCUGGUUCUGCAGACCACGUUCUCCGAGAAGCUGAACUCGGCGCUGAUUGAGCUAGCCAGCUGCUGCGUCUCCCUGAAGGAGAUCCACUGUUACUGCGUGGUUUCGCAGGAGGUGGUGCAAGCCUUCAUAUCCUGCUGUCCAGGGCUGCGGAGGUACACGCUAAAGACUGUCAAAGAACUGCACCCAUAGAGGUGCACUGUGAUAAAGUGAAGCCAGUGGGAGGUGAACGAUUUAGGGACAGCCUAAUUCUGCUUCAUCGCGUACUGUAUGACAGGUCCUUUACUGUAUAAUGAUGCAAAC